CCUGAGGCUAACACAAUUAUUGUCACUGACCUACUAGUAUGAGAAUAUCCUAGAGUUACAUAAUUUAUUCCCCAAUGUUUUAAACACCCAGAUUUUCUUAAUUUAUCUAAAAACAAAUAUCAGAUGGCCAAUCAGCUACUAUAAAAUGUCUGUCAUUUUAUAUGAGGACUGAUUUCUAAUAUAUUUACAUGAAAGCAUUAAAAUGCAAAAAUAUACACUUCCCUAAAAUACUUCAGCACUUCUAAUGGUUUUGCAUUUUAUUUACUUAAUUUUUUUUGUGGUCUGUCUCUAAAUUGAAGACACCUAGACAGCCAUGAAGAAACACACUACAGUGGAUCAUUCUGACCUAUUCUGAGUUCAAAAAUACCAUUGUCUUCUCCAUAAACGUACAGCCAAGAAGCCAGGAAUGGCUAAGGAAAAUCACUCCUUGACAACUGAGUUUAUCCUCAUAGGAUUUACAGAUUAUCCACAGCUGAAGAUCCUUCUGUUUUUGGUGUUCUUUGCUAUCUAUCUGAUCACCAUGAUGGGUAAUCUUGGCCUGGUGGCAUUGAUAUUCAUGGAGCGUCAACUUCACACACCAAUGUACAUCUUUCUAGGCAACCUGGCUCUGAUGGAUUCCUGUUGUUCUUGUGCCAUUACUCCCAAGAUGUUAGGAAACUUCUUUUCUGAGGACAGAGUGAUUUCCCUCAAUGAAUGCAUAGUACAAUUUUAUUUUCUCUGCCUUGCUGAAACUGCAGACUGCUUUCUCCUGGCAGCAAUGGCUUAUGAUCGCUAUGCAGCCAUAUGUAGCCCAUUGCAGUACCACACCAUGAUGUCAAAGGAACUCUGCAUCCAAAUGACUGUAGGGACCUUCAUAGCCAGCAACCUGCAUUCCGUGAUCCAUGCGGGGCUUCUGUUAAGGUUAACUUUCUGCAGAUCUAAUAAAAUUGACCAUAUUUUUUGUGAUAUCCUUCCACUCUAUAGACUCUCCUGCACUGACCCUUACAUCAACGAACUAAUGAUAUAUAUUUUUUCAAUGCCAAUUCAAAUCUUCACCAUUGCCACUGUCUUGAUUUCUUAUAUUUGCAUCCUUUUUACUGUUUUCAAAAUGAAAUCCAAAGAGGGGAGAGGUAAAGCAUUUUCUACCUGUUCAUCCCACUUUCUGUCUGUUUCAAUAUUCUACAUUUGUCUACUCACAUAUAUUCGACCACUUGAAGAAGGGAGUAAAGAUAUACCAGUGGCUAUUUUUUAUACAAUAGUAAUUCCUCUACUAAACCCUUUUAUUUAUAGUCUGAGAAAUAAGGAAGUGAUAAAUGUUCUGAAAAAAAUUAUACGGAACCAUAUUCUUAAAUGAACUUUAUCUUCAAUGGAAACAUUUUAAUUUUUUAAAAUGGUGUCAUAGAUAAGAGACAUAGAAAAAUAAAAAAAAAUGUUUUCAUGUAAAAUAAUAAUCUCUAAGUCAUCAGCUUGUGUUUUAAGGAAGAUAUAUGAAUGGAAUUUCAAAAUUGUCUGGCAAAUCUUAAUGCCAACUCCACCAUUAGACUCUCUUUUACUUAAUAUUACUAAGUAAAGCAGGAGAAAACUCAAUGGUAACUUUUCUUACCAACUCUCAUUCUCGUGGAAUUGUGUCAGACUAUUGUUCCAAACCUCAGUAAAUUAACACAGCAUCAAAAUUAAAUGUUUAAAUGUGCAUAAGAGUCUGCCUUGAUUAACCUUGUCUAAUUAAUGGAAGACAUUAUAUCUAAUCUGAUGGAGAGUAUUUGAAAUAUUUACAAAUUCUUGGUAGAAAUCUGUUCAUUUUCAUUCAGAAAAUUGACCUGGCAGACAUAGAUUAGUUUGUAGGGAGAGAGACUAGAAGCAAACUAAUUACAGUAAUCUAUUUUUAAAGUAAUGAAGUUUAAUCUAGAUAAGAUUCAUGAAGGGGGAGGAAAAUGGAAUGAGAAGAAAUACACACACACAGAGUCAAAUAUACAUUUUGUUGAAUAAUUUAUAAAGGAUUAUAACAAGCUGGCUACAGUAGAUUAAAAUCUGCUUUAACCUGAAGUAUGAUUGAGGUCCUUCCCCUUUUUAAAAGCAUCAUUAUGUUAUGUAGUAUGGAAUGUAGAACAGCAACUUCCAUGGUAAACACUCAAUAAGCAUUUAAAACAUUAAUGAAGUCACUGUUUUAUUAUCUUAUAUUUUUUAAACAAUAGUGAAAUUAAUUAAUAUUUCUUAUGGGCCAUUUUUACUUCUAUGAAUUAUCCGUUAAUUUUUCUUUAAGUCUUCCUGUUAUUUCCUAAUUUAUUUGUAACAGUGUUUACAGAGAAAA